ACUGGUUUAUUAUUACUUUUGGCACUCUAUGUCUUUCUCUCCAAAACCUUAGGAUAACAAUAGGAUCGCAUGAAACGGUAUUUCGCACUCUGAAAAGUCGCGACGUUCUCUCUCCUUUUUUCUCUCCCCCUAGUUUCCCACUGCUCUGCUCUGCUCUGCUCUGCUAUGCAGUUCCCACUCUCUCCAUGAAGGAACCUCACCACUCUUUUUCUCCUCUCUAAAUCUUCAUCCUCAAUCCAACCCAUUUCCCCUGUUUUUUUGUUUCUUUCUUCACUUCCAAAUCAACGAAGGAAACUUUUUUUUUUUUUAAGGAAAAAACCGACCAGUAAUGGAGAAAAAGCAAGGUUUUUUCUCUGCUCUCAAAGAAGAAGUAGUUCGUGGGCUUUCACCUUCCCGCUCGAGGUCCAACAGCCCUGCAAGAGCACGUUCACCCUUGGCCAGUCUGUUACGGAGAAAGAAAAACAACCACAACAACUAUGGAGGCGCUUACAUGGCGCAACCGGAGCCCUUGAUCGCGAGAUCCGGCAGUCUGAGGCCAGUCGGGGAAGCGUUAGCUCCGCUCAUGGAAGGUCCGGAUCCAGACGGAGGCGAAGUCGGGGAUUCAAAGCGGGUUGGUUCGGCGCUAGGACAAUGGGUUAAGGGACAGUUAUCAAGGACUCCUUCGGUUGCUUCGAUGAGUUAUAGAAGGUCUGAUCUAAGGCUGUUGAUUGGGGUAUUGGGUGCGCCUUUGGCUCCAGUUCAUGUUAGCUCCACUGACCCUUUGCCUCACUUGAGCAUCAAAGAUACUCCCAUUGAAACUUCCUCUGCUCAGUACAUAUUGCAGCAGUAUACAGCUGCUUCUGGUGGGCAGAAGCUGCAAAACUCCAUUCGGAAUGCCUAUGCAAUGGGAAAGCUCAAAAUGGUAGCAUGUGAAUAUGAAACUGCUACAAGGACUGUUAAGAACCGUAAUGGGUCUAGAGGUGCAGAGUCUGGUGGGUUUGUACUCUGGCAAAUGAAUCCGGACAUGUGGUAUGUUGAACUUGCGGUUGGGGGCUGCAAGGUUCAUGCUGGUUGUAAUGGGAAGCUUGUGUGGAGGCACACACCUUGGCUUGGUGCUCACACUGCAAAGGGGCCUGUUAGACCCUUGCGUCGUGCACUUCAGGGUCUUGAUCCAAGAACUACAGCUAGUAUGUUUGCUGAUGCAAGAUGCAUAGGAGAGAAAAACAUUAAUGGUGAGGAUUGCUUCAUCCUUAAGCUCUGUACUGAUCCUCAGACACUGAAGGCAAGGAGUGAAGGCCCUGCAGAGAUUAUUAGGCAUGUUUUAUUUGGCUACUUUAGUCAGAAGACUGGACUUCUUGUUCAUAUGGAAGAUUCACAUCUGACUCGCAUCCAAUCUAACGGUGGUGAUGCUGUUUAUUGGGAAACUACAAUCAAUUCAUAUCUUGACGAUUACCGACCUGUUGAAGGUAUCAUGAUAGCACAUUCUGGGCAUUCUGUUGUUACACUAUUCAGGUUUGGGGAAGUUGCAAUGAGCCAUACAAAAACAAAGAUGGAAGAAGCUUGGACAAUUGAAGAGGUUGCCUUUAACAUACCUGGCCUUUCUAUUGAUUGUUUUAUCCCUCCUGGUGAUUUGAGUUCUGGAUCCAUUGGCGAAACCUGUGAACUCCCUCAGGACGAAAGGGGAAAGAGUGCAAUUGCUUUAGCAGCACAUCAUGCCAAAAUAACCGCCCUAGAAAAGGCACAGGAUAGCAGUGCUGACAGCAUGAUUUGGAGGAUGGAAAUCCGAUGAACAUCUUGGCAAUUGUUCAUAUUGAUAGCUAGCGCAGAUGACUAACCCGUUAGAAGUUACAAGGUAGAAGUCAUUUUUUUGACUUUGGUUUAUACCUCUAUUAAUCUGUAAAUAGAGCAUAAUUAUUCACAGGUUCCGGUGGACCUGUAUGAAUCUUUAUACUCUCAUUCCGGAAUCCAGCUACGGAGUUGGAGCUCAGUUUUCCAGUUAGGGAUAGGGCUAAUGGAGGUUGUUUUUUAGGUUGCUUGAUGGUAGGUGGUGAAGCUGUCUCAUUAACCUUUUUAUAGGUACACUAACUCUAAUGGUUAAUGAAUAUAAUGUGGCAGUCUAAAGAGUACUGCCGCUGAUUAGCAUGGGUUUGACAGUAAGGUCUAGUUUUUAAUGUUACUGUUUCUGGAUUUGUGAUUCAUUGUGAUUGUUUGACUUAAAAGCUGUUUUGGGGUUUGGGAAGGAAAAGAGAUUUUGCUGGAUAUGGUGAUCAUAAGCAUGGUAAAUGAGAUGGAACUAACUAUUUUUCUUACCUGCUGUAACAAAAUGUGUUAAUGACCUGAGUUCUGGUUGGGUGUAUGGUUGCUUUUGUCCAGCGCUGCUGAAAGCAAAAUGUAAACAGAAAACAUCAUGUUCAUCAGCUAUUUAAUGCUCCUGAUGGAUACAGAGAUCUGCAUAUUUCCUUCAUCUUCCUUUCUUUCCUCUGAAUUGUAUUUUACUACCAUCAUCAUCUUUGAAUUAAGCGUUGAAACUUCUUUCUUUUCAAGUUGCGAAUGGCCAAGCUUAUUAUAAUAGUAC